AUGACGAAGCGGAACAGGACGGCGUUCACUCAACAACAAUUAAAAACACUUGAAAGCAAUUUCUUCAAAUGCAAAUAUUCCAUCGGACAAGAAAGGAAGACGCUAGCAGAGAGUUUGGAUCUCACGGAAAUACAGGUAAAAGUAUGGUUUCAAAACAGACGAACAAAGGAAAGACGUUGGAAUAAGUCGCUGGAAUGA